AUGAAAAGAAAAUCAGAAGCAAAUAUUUUAAAUGAUUUAUCAAACUCACAGGUUCCAUUUAUGUGCUAUUUGAUAGUUUUACAAGAAUGGAAAAUUAAUAAGCUAUCUGAAGAAGUGAAAAAUAAGAUAGUUUUGGACUUAAAAAGUACUGAAGAAUUCAAAGGUAUGGAGUUGGAUUCUAAUCAUUUAGAAUCAAUUAUUGGUGAUUUUUCAGUUUUCCCAAUGUCAAAUAAAAAUAACAUUAUAGCUAUGUGGAAAUCAAUUAACAAAUUUAGAGCUAUAUAUAAAUUAGAAAGCAUUUUAAAACACAAUGUCUUAGAAAGAUCAAACAAAUAUAAUAAGGUUUCAAAAACCAAUGGAAAUGGCCACAAAGGUAACUUUCAAGAAAAUAAAAUAAGAAAAACUUGGAAUUAUAGAAAAAGUAAAAAGCAAAGGUUAGAAGAAAAUAAAACCAAUAAUAAUAAUAUGAUUAUUAAUCAAAAUCACAAUAAUGAUAAUCAUCAUAUUAACAACAAUAAUAAUAACACUAACAAUAAUAAUAAUAUGAAUAAUACAAAUCAUAUUAACAAUAUCAAUAUUGAUUAUAAUAACUUUAACAACUCCACUCAUAUAGAAACCAAUAACUGUAGUGAUGAUUCUAUUAAUAGUGAUAAUGAAGAAAGUGAUGAAGAAGGUAACGAGAGUGAAUUUAAACAAUUUAAUGAAAACUUUAAAGGCUCAAUAUCAAAUAAAACUGUUGAACCAUACACACCAUCUCAAUAUUUUAUUCCACCAACCCCAUUUGAUACCUUUUUAUAUAGCUCCAAUAACUCUACCCCAACAAACCAAUCUCCAAUUAUAAACCAACAGCUAUUACAAAUACAACAAACCCAACAACAACAACAACAACAGCUACCAAAUGUUAAUAACACUUCUUUUGAUAAUAAUAUAAAUACCAGUAUAAGUGAUAACAGUAAUAACACCAACACUAGUCCAAUGUAUGUCUAUAUACCAAACUAUAAUGGAAAUUUUAAUUACAAUAACUACUACUCUACACCAUUCUAUAAUAUCCAAAACUAA